ACGGAGCUGGGGGUUCGGCUUAUUGGGGAAGCAUCCCUCUUAACCAAUGAUCUGUAAGGGAGAGGCAGAUGUCAUUAGAUGGAGGAGAGGCUUCCCACCUUCCUGGGCCGGCACACAAUGCAACCGCCCAGUUCCCUCCCUCGGCGGGAAGUGGAGCGCUACAGUGUGAGGGAGCGCCGUUGUCAUCGCUCCACCCUCUCCUGCUCGCUGUUCUCUGUUUUCCCUUCCUCCUCUGUCUCUCUCUCUCUCUCUCUCUCACUCUCACUCUCACUCUCUCUCUCUCUCUGUGUGUGUGCCGCUUUUGGCAUCCACACAGUUUGCACUGUCCCCCUACCUCCCUCUCUCUGCUUCUCGCUCUCACUCACACUCUCUCUCUCUUGCUCUCUCUCCUUCGCGCUCUCCUUUCUCUCUCUCCGCCUCCCUCUCUACUCCUCUCUAUUCUUCCCUCUGACUCUGCCAAAGACAGGAGAUAGGAACUGAUACAUGAGCACACACACACACACACACACACACACACACUCUCACUCACUACCUGACUCGCACUCACAAGCGUGCGCGCCGGCAGCAGCGACGGCAUUCCCUGCGUGGCCACAGGAUCUCCAGAACCCCCCAGGGAGUACGGAUGGUUGGCGUCUACUUGAGUGAGUCCGCCGCUGUCGUUGGCUCCGUGUGCGCUCUGGUGACGGUGCGUGCGUGACACCGCUCCCGGUACCUCGACGGCGGUUCUCUGCAGGAAUACAGCCCCGCUGUGAGGCUCUGGGUGCCAGGCCCGGCCCGGCCCGGAUGAUUUGUGGAUCCGCUCUGCAAACCUAACGUCUAGGGAGACGCGCUAACUUUCCCUGCUUGCACAAUCUCGCUCGCUCUCUCUCACCCUCGCUCUCUCACUUUCACUUUCUAUCUCUCACUUUCACUUUCUGUCUCUCUCUCUCUCUCUCUCUCUCUCUCUCUCUCUCUCUCUCUCUCUCUCUCUCUCUCUCUCUCUCUCUCUCUUCCCCCCCCCCCCCUAUCUCUCUACCUAUCUCCCUCUCUAACUUUCUCUUUAUCGAUCUCUUCCUAUCAACCUCUCUAUCUCUUUUUAUUUCUCUCUCUCUCUCUCUCUCUCUCUCUCUCUCUCUCUCUCUCUCUCUCUCUCACUCCAAUUACUGGUAGCGGUUGUCAGCGUCUGUGCUUGCACCUACACCACCACCGGAAAGGGAUGAUAGGCGAUCAUCUUGUUCAGGAGUAAGAGAGGCAGCAGAGUCAAAGGGCUGGACUAUGGUUCUGGAACAUGGCUUUGCGGCCCGCUCCCGGAUCCUGGGAGCCCCCAGCAGCUACCUGGCGCUCCUGCUGCUCCUGUCUCUGCACGCCACCCAGGUGGUCCAGUCCGACAUCGAGUUCCCCCGGGACCGCCACUUCUCAUGGCGAGAAGGUCAGUGGGGUCACUGCACGGGCGAGGAGUGCGGCUCCGGCGGGCUCCAGACCCGGACGCUGUGGUGCGUCCACACCGAAGGCUGGACCACCCACCACUCCCACUGCCCGCAGGCGGACAAGCCCGCGAGCCGGCGGCCCUGCUUCAAGGUGUGCGAGUGGCACCAGGACCUCUUCGAGUGGGAGGUGUCUCCCUGGGGCGGCUGCUUCCUGGUGCCCUUCCUCGCCAACGAGCUGAGGCCCCACCCCUCGGAGUGCGUGACGGCGCAGCACGGCGUCCAACGCCGCUCGGUUCGCUGCGUGCGCACGGCCAACCGCACGGCCGUGGCCACGCGGAUCUGCGAGUUCUUCUCCGGGAGGCCGUGGGCGGAGCAGGCCUGCCUGAUCCCGUGCCCCCAGGACUGCGUGGUGUCGGCGUUCACGGCCUGGUCGGGCUGUAGCAGGACCUGCGGCGCCGGCCUGCAGCACCGCACCCGGCACGUCCUGGCCACGCCCGUGUUCGGCGGGGCGCACUGCCCCAACCUCACCCAGACCAGGACUUGCUCCCACCCGAUCCCCUGCCCGUCGGGGGCCAGCGAGCACCGCUACAGCCUCAAGGUGGGCUCCUGGAGCGAGUGCCGGCUGCCCCACCACAAGGACCUGGGGUCGCUCGGAGGCAAGACCGCGGUGGACUACAGCGCCACCGCGGCCACCCCCGUGGAGAAGAACCUAGUGAAGCGGCACGCGCAGACGGACUCCCUGCUCACCCACCUCCCCGACCCCCACCACCAACACCACCACAGCCAGAACCUCCACGGUCAGCACCACCACCACCACCACCACCUCCUCCGCCUCCACCACCUCGACACACAGCCCCAUCCCUUCAGCGGCCGCAUGUCCUGGGAGCUGGAGGUGGGAUAUCAGACGCGGCAGGUCCGCUGCACGCGGAGCGAUGGCAAGAACUCCAUGCUGAGUCUUUGUACCCAGGACGACUCCCCUUUGACCUUCCAGUCCUGUGUGAUGCCCAAGGACUGCGAGACGUCUGAUUGGUCCUCGUGGAGCCCCUGCUCCAAGACCUGCCGCUCCUCUGACCUGUCGCCUGGUUACCGGGUCCGGGCGCGGACGAUGGCGCAGAUUCCCAUUGGUGGAGGGAAAGAAUGCCCCACCCUUGAGGAAAAGGAAGCCUGCAACAUCAUCGGAGACCUGCUACCAAACUGCCCCAGGUUCGUGUGGAGGACCACCGACUGGGGCCUGUGUCGCGUGAGCCCCCUGCUGGGCCCUCAUGACCGGCGUGCGGGGAACACCAGCGUCCUCUGUGGAGGCGGGAUCCACACCAGGGAGGUCUACUGCGUCCAGGUCCCCGACCCGUCAGCCCCUCAUCACAGGAAGGAGGUGUCUCGGCCCGUGAGCGCCGGGCUGUGUGCGGGGGAGGAGCCUCCCUCUGUGGUCCAGCUCUGCUCGCUGCCCUGCCCCCAGCCGUGCCUGCUGUCCCCCUGGUCCGCCUGGGAAGCCUGCCUGCCUGACAGCUGCCUGCAGCCCCAGGAGUCCCAGUUGAAGAAAGGCUUCAGACACCGCAGGCGCCGGGUGCUGUGGGAGCCAGCGGACCUGCCCUCCAAGGCCUGUCCCCACCUGCUCGAGUCGGCCCAGUGCGAGGAACCCUCCUGCUACCUUUGGCGGGUGCGGCCCCUCGAGGAUUGCAUGCCCGGCAAAAACGCCUGCGGACCGGGCACCGCCCGCCAGAACGUGACCUGCGUCGACACCGAAGGCGCCGAGGUCCCGGAGACCCGGUGUGCAGGGGAGCCUCCCCCGGCCUCCCUGCCGUGCGAGGUGGCGUGCCCCGGGGACUGCGUGGUCACCCCCUGGGGCCCCUGGACCAGCUGCUCCCACCCCUGUGGCCCCCGGCGCCUGGACGGUCGCCAGACCCGCACCCGCUCCGUGGUGGCCCUCCCCGGGCAGGGCGGCAGGGGGUGUCCAGGAGGCCCCGCCCUGGAGGAGUGGCGGCCUUGCAGCGAUCACCCGUGCGCGCCCGUCUUCUGGCACGCCCGGUCGUGGGGCCCCUGCGUGGAGGACUCGGGGGUCAAUGCCAUCAACGGCACCGGCUUCUGGAACGCGACCUCCGACUGCACGGCGGGCGUCCAGAUCCGCGCGGUGGACUGCGUGAAGGCCGGCACCGGGCACGUCGUCAGCAAACGGUGUCCGGACUCCGCUCGGCCAGAUACCCUCCGACCGUGUGUGCUGCCCUGUAGGAGAGACUGCAUCGUGACGCCCUUCAGCGAAUGGACAGCCUGCCCCACCCACUGCACACAAGCGAACGCCACGGCGGCCACGCAGUCCCGAUACCGGACAGUGAUCCGGAGAGCGGCCCACGGCGGGCAGGAGUGUCCGGACACACUCUACGAAGAGAGAGAAUGUGAAUCUCUUCCCUUGUGUCCAGUCUACAGGUGGAAGACGAGCAAGUGGCACAGCUGCACGCUGGUUCCCGGUUCCGUUCGGCAAGGCAUGGCCGCCCCUGGGGAACCGUGUGGAAACGGUCUGGAGACGAGAGGGCUCAGCUGCAGCAGCGAGGAGGAGGAGGCGGCGCCGAUCGCGGCGUGCCUGCGGUGGGCGGGGCCGGCGCCGCCCCAGGUCCGGGAGUGUCGCGUGGCCUGCCGGGACGACUGCGUCCUGACCGCCUGGUCCAAGUUCUCCGACUGCUCCGGCUGCGGCGGCUCCCGGACUCGCCGUCGGUCCCCCUCAGGCCGGAGCAAGAAGAAGGACCGCUGCCUGAAGGAGACGGCGUUCCCGCUGGCGGAGACGGAGGACUGCCCUUGCGACGACUUCCUGUCCCAGCCGCACGGCAACUGGUCGGCCUGCGUGCUGCCGGUCCCCGCGGCCCCGCCCGGGGCCCUGCGGGGCUGGGGCCGGUACCACCGGAGGAAGGAGUGCGGCCCCGGCCUCCGCUUUAAGGCCCUGGCCUGCGUGGAUCGCAGUGGGCGCCUGGUGGACCCCACGCUCUGCACACACUCAGGCUACGAGACGGAGGUGUGCCACGUCCCGUGCCCCCUGGACUGCAAGCUGAGCGCCUGGACGGCGUGGACGGCCUGCAGCGCCCCCUGUGGCGGGGGCCUGAAGACCAGGUCCAAGUGGCUCCGCGAGAAGGCCUUCAACGGUGGCCGGCCCUGCCCCAAGCUAGACAUGAAGAACCAGGUGUACGAGGCGUUGCCGUGCCACAGCGAGUGCGGCCGCUACGUGUGGCGUGGCGCCUGGUCCAUGUGCAACAUCAACGCCGUCGACGCGCAACCUUCCUGCGGAGAGGGGGCACAGAGCCGCAAGAUCAGGUCAGCGCCAAGCACAAGGGCGGGGAGGCGGACCAGCGUGGAGGACUCCCUCUGCGACCAGGAGGAGGUCCCGGCAGCGGCCAGGGUCUGCGUGCUGCCCUGUCCCGGGGACUGCGUGGUCACACCCUGGGGAGCCUGGAGCCACUGCCCCCCGUCCUGUGACCAGGGCGCGGCGAACCGGACCAGAAGCAGACAAGUCCUGAGACUCCCGGCCUCCGCUGACUCGCUGUGCCCAGAGCUGGUCCAGUCUGAGCCCUGCCUCACCAACACCACCUGCUUCCAGUACCAGUACAGUGCCACAGACUGGAGCACCUGCCAGCUGAGUGGCCACGCCGUGUGUGGGCGGGGCUUCCGCACGCGCCUGCUGGACUGUCUCCGCAGCGACGGGAAGCUGUUCGAGGCCGGCGUGUGCCAACAGCUCGGCCUCCCAAACGAGUGGAAGCUGUCCGAGAGCUGCGAGGUUUCCUGCCCCGUCAGCUGCCUCCUCUCCGAUUGGUCGCCCUGGACGGAGUGUUCGCACAGCUGCGGCAACGAAGGUCAGACCACGCGCUCCAGGAGGGUCCUCCAUCCGGCUGAGGAGGAGGGGCGUCCGUGUCCGGGCCAGCUCCUCCAGACUAGGUCCUGUCCCAUCAGGCCGUGCUACUCCUGGCUGCUCAGCCCCUGGUCCCAGUGCACCGUGGAGGGAGCGGACUGCGGCGAGGGGAUGAGGAGGCGGAGCCUGUCGUGCGUGGUGCAGUGGGCCACCGGCUCCUCCACCCUCUCCACCCAGCCCGUGGCCGACCGUCUGUGUGGAGACGGGGUGCAGCGGCACAGCCAGCAGGAGAUGGAGCUGCCUUGCUUCGUGCCCUGCCCAGGAGACUGUCAUCUGACGGAGUGGUCGUCAUGGAGCUCGUGUCAGCUGACCUGCCUGGAGGGGCGGAGCUUCGAGACCACUGGGCGUCAGGCUCGCUCCCGGGCCGUCAUCAUCCAGGUUCUGGAGAACCAGGACAGCUGCCCCCGACAGGUGUUCCAGACCCAGCCCUGCACAGGGGGGCGGUGCUAUGACUUCCACUGGCGGACGGGCGGCUGGAGGGACAACGCCAGGGAGGUGUGGUGCCAGCGCUCCGACGGCCUCAACGUCACAGGGGGGUGCUUCUCUCAGAACAGCCCAACCACGGUGCGCUACUGUCACCCUCCGUGCACCAAACCUUUCUCCCGUUGCACACCGAGUGGGGUGUGCGGGUGUGAGCGCGGUUACACGGAGGUGAUGACUGCGCACGGUUUCCUGGACUACUGCACCAGAACUCCGGGCGCGGACCACAAGAAGGCCGACGUGAAGACCAACUCCGGGAGGUUCCGACCGGGACCGCCACACACCCAGGACUUCUUCAGUGAGUGGUCUUUGCGACCCGUGGGCCCAGAUGGAAGACUUAGGCUGUGGGUUUACGGCGUCACUGCGGUUGGAUUCAUCCUAAUACUGUUUGUAAUUACUGUAUCAUUCCUGCUCUGUAAACCCUUCAAGCCCCCCAAGUCGUCCUCCCCGCCCCAGAAGGCGCUGACCCUGGCCUACGACGGCGACGCCGACAUGUGACCCCCGCCUCUCGUUCACCUCCGCGAGAAAACGCAGCUGGCCCGGAACAGACGCAGAACCCCCCCCCCCCUCCCUGCAGACUCUUCCCCCACACCGCAUUGCCUACCACCCAUCCACUCCAUCUGGCUGUUGGUCUGUCCGUACCGCUGUUGCUCCGGGGUCGGUGGCGGUCAUUAGCCGGACGUUCGGCGACCAGCGGACGCGUCACGCCUCGUGGGUUGAGCAACAAGUUUAAAGACUGACCCGUCCCGUGCUCUCGAACACGGGACGAACCCGACGACCGUAGUCCCAUCGUGUCCAAAAUGCUAUCGUGUCGUCCCGAAUGAUUGGAUUUCAGUCUCUAAAACUCUUUUGACAGACUAUAACGUACAGAGAAAAUGUUCUCUUGUGGACUUUGUACGCAUCGAGAUGCCUUCGUGAAGAGGUGUGUUAUGGACUAAACGCAGAUUCCUCCAACCCCAAGGAGGGUUCCUGUUUGCUGGAGACUGGCACCUGUGUGAUGGAGACAGGCACCUGUGUGGUGGAAACAGGCACCUGUGUGAUGGAGACAGGCACCUGUGUGGUGGAGACAGGCACCUGUGUGAUGGAGACAGGCACCUGUGUGGUGGAGACAGGCACCUGUGUGAUGGAGACAGGCACCUGUGUGGUGGAGACAGGCACCUGUGUGAUGGAGACAGGCACCUGUGUGGUGGAGACAGGCACCUGUGUGGUGGAGACAGGCACCUGUGUGAUGGAGACAGGCACCUGUGUGGUGGAGACAGGCACCUGUGUGGUGGAGACAGGCACCUGUGUGAUGGAGACAGGCACCUGUGUGGUGGAGACAGGCACCUGUGUGAUGGAGACAGGCACCUGUGUGGUGGAGACAGGCACCUGUGUGGUGGAGACAGGCACCUGUGUGGUGGAGACAGGCACACUUGUGGGCUAGAGACAGGCAUCCGUCGCCUUGGUGAGGCAGACACAGUUCAGAGACUGGGGAAGUUGGACCAACGGAACAGGUGGAUGUUUGAUUUGUGGGACUUUUAAAGAUAUCUCAAUAGGUCCCAUGUUGUGAAACAAAGCCUUUGUUUGACAAACUGAUCGAAAAGAAAAAGAGCUCUAUGCACUACAUUAGUGCUUAUUCAUUUUUCUGUUUCUUGAUUUUAUUUCAAACAACUUUUCUAGUGUUUAAACUGUAACGGUGGGUUGAAUUGUGUUUAUGUUUACGAUGCCAUAUUUGGUUGUGGGUAAUGGGUAUGGUUGAUUGUGUGUGCGUGGGUGAUUGUGCGUGCGUUUGUGUGCAUGCAUGUGUGUGUAGGGAUUCUGAGUAAACCAAAUGCAAGCUUGCCUUGACUUUUUCUUUUAGUACUAACAUAGUGACCCACAAUUUCUCCCAACUCUCGUCAAAAGGUAUGACUAAAUUACAUUUAAAAGUGGUUUUGUUUUGUUUGUAAGGAAAUGAAUCGCAUAAUGCCAUCUAGGUGUUUUAAAUCUGUGAAUCUGUUCAGCACAACAUCAGGGACCAUGUACUCAUGGUAAUUGAAAGAACUAAGUGAUUGACUUGAAUGUAUUUAUUUAUAUAUUUAUUUACCAUGGAUAUUUGUCGUUUUUCACGAUGAAGACAAUGUGGGUUUAUGCUGAUGAUUUAUUCUUCUUAUUCAUUCUUAAUUUGUGUUUUCUAUAAAUCUUUCAUUCUGCUGCCAUGACAACAACAAAAUAAAGAGCGGAAAAGGGUGAUCUUUUAUGCAGUCCAGACCAGAGGAGUGCUUCAAAUUCAAAUCACUUACAGCCCGUUAGUAUGGCAAUGCUUUCCACCUGCACUCUUUACAAAUCACUGCAUCCUCUGAACCCAAAUAAUCUCAAACUGCUGACCGCAUUAUUCAUUAGACCCAGAAUUGAAAAUUCAUGCAUAUUUUUUUAAACUGUAAUCAUAGGUUGUCUUCUUGCACUUAAGUGUACCGCUUAACCAAUUGAGUUUCGUUGUUUCUUUUAAAUUUAUUUUUCAAUUGUGAAUCCCAAAAGUUCUUUCACAAAUAACUAUAAUCUAUCUGGUUGUUAGAAUCGUUCAAGAACGAUUCUAUUUCAACAGCCAUUGUAUGUAUGCAUGCUUGAUCUUUUCUGGUUUGAAGCUACAAGUGACCUUGCAAUGACCCCGUUUUACAUGGUACCAAAAUAUUUGAUUGCUGUUUACUUUAGAUAUGUUUCCAUUGAUAUUUGGCUCGUCAAAAUGACAGAAUACAGAUGACGUUCAAGAUAUUUCAUUUGGGACAUGACCAACGUGUUAUGGAUUUCUCAAAGACCAAAUGAUUGGCCACCUUCUGAUAUAUUCUCUAUUAGAGGUUGCAGCCAACCACUUUGAGGCCUGUCAUGUCAGACUUAUCAUUUUCAUGGCCGUUAUUACAGAGUAUUUGGACUGUAUGUUAAACCAUUAUUUACACUGAUAUCAAACCAUUUGUGUGGCUAUCGUGUGUAUCUGGUUGGGGAAAGAGAUGGUGACAAAGGCAAAUAAAUUGUUGUACAUUC